CACCACCACCCAGCUAAGUCUAAUUAUUUUUUAAUCUAGAAGUGAAGGAAGGAGGUCAGGAGAGUCCUGCUAGCAGGACCCCCUCAGCAAACACUCACGGUGUAUGUGUGUAUGUGUGUGUGUGUGUGUGUGUGUGUGUGUGUGUGUGUGUGUGUAUGCAGAUUUUAGGAGUUAGAUAGUAAGAGUGGCCCUGUGCUCACCAGCAGCUUGUCAGUCUCUGUGUGAGUGUGGGCAGGGUGGGGGUAGACGGUUAAAGGGCCCAGCCCCUCUUGCGCCCACUCCUGUCUUCCCCCUCCAGUGCACCCCUUCUGGUGGGCCAGGUUUCUGCCUCAACUUCCCUUACUGUCCAGCCCCCCUCAUUAUUCCUUCCCACUGAAGUGACCACAGUAGUGUCAUCUUGUCCUGACUCGUUUUGUGUCUGCUAGUCACCUCUCAGCCCUCUGCAUGCCUCAACAGCCAUGUCUGCCUUGGCAAUACAUUUGUGUUGUCCAUGUAAGGCUGUCUGGAGGCCUCUGGGCAGUCAGUUCAGCCCCUGGGUUGGCACACAACCCUUCACAGAGUAAGCACCUGGUUCCCUUUCUAAAUGUUAUUUUUUUGGGCGGGAAGGGCAGCUGGGUUCUCUGAACUAAUGAUCUUAUUUAAUUUUUAAAAUUACAUUUGUGUGUGUGUGCUUGUGUGUUUUGAGACAGGAUCUCAGACAGCUCAGGCUGGUCAUGAACUCCUUAUUCUCCUGCCCUCUUCCUCCCCUUCCUGAGACCAUCACUGUGUGGUUUGCCCUGCAUGAUCUUGACAUCUAGAAAUGUACAGACACCCUGUCCUUCGGAGCCUUUUCCCUGGAAGGUCCAAGAGGCAUGGGUAAAGGGGUUGUCCUCCACCCCAUCCCAGGCCUAGCUCCGGAGGACCGAGUACCCAGAUUGGUGGGGCCGAGUACCCAGAUUGGUGGGGCCACACCUAAUCCUAUUCUUGUCCCGAGGUUAGAACCCAGGGGACUCUGAUGUGCUAGGCAAGAACUUAAGCCCCAGUCCUUCGAUCUGGAGCACAGUGGUGAGCUCUGGACAUUUAUGAGCCUAGGUUCUGGGUUGGUGGGAUUCAGGUGUCUUCUGGAGAGGACCAGAAGCCAGGGCACUGUGUGGGUGUAAGGUGGGGGUCACCAAGAGUUUCUCUUCCUGGGGACUCUCUGAACCUUUCUGGUUGAGCUUAGCAGGACAGACCUCCCAGGGGUGAGCUUUUCCUCCCUUCUGCCCCACCCUGGCGCCGCAGGCGCAGCUCCAAGUUCCUGCACCUGCCACCACCACCGCAGGCACGGAGGGGCACUCUGCAGCGAGUCCCCGGCGGCUGGCCACGCCCUCGAUCGGCGGCUGGCCACGCCCUCAAUCGCCGGCUGGCCACGCCCCUGAGGCCAGAACGGGCGGGGCGGUCCGGCUGGUUCUCGGCCAUCCGCGGCUCGGCGGCGACGGCGACAUGGAGAGCGGGGCCUACGGCGCGGCCAACGCGGGCGGCUCCUUCGACCUGAGGCGCUUCGUGUCGCAGCCUCAGGUGGUGACGCGCCUCGUGAGCAUGGUCUUGGCCUUGAUCGUGUUCUCCUGCAUCUUCGGCGAGGGCUACAGCAACACUCAUAAAUCUGACCAGUUACACUGUGUGUUUAACCAGAAUGAGGAUGCGUGCCGAUACGGCAGUGCCAUCGGGGUGCUGGCCUUUCUGGCCUCAGCCUUCUUCCUGGUGGUCGAUGCCUUUUUCUCCCAGAUAAGCAAUGCUACCGACCGCAAGUACCUGGUCAUUGGUGACCUGCUCUUCUCAGCUCUCUGGACUUUCCUGUGGUUCGUUGGUUUCUGCUUCCUGACCAACCAGUGGGCAGUCACCAAAUCUGAAGAUGUGCUGGUGGGAGAGGACUCAGCACGGGCAGCCAUCGCCUUCAGUUUCUUCUCCAUCUUUUCCUGGGGUAUGCUGGCUUCCCUGGCCUACCAGCGCUACAAGGUUGGAGUGGAUGCCUUCAUUCAGAACUAUGUGGACCCCACCCCAGACCCUAACACAGCCUACGCCUCCUACCCCAGUGCCUCGGUGGAAAACUACCAGCAGCCACCCUUCACCCAGAACGUGGAGACCACUGAAGGCUACCAGCCUCCCCCUGUGUACUGAGCAGCCGGGGUAAAGAGGCAGGGAGAGUGCUUGGGGCCACCCCUCUCCCCUGGACUUCUUUCUGGAGGUUUGCUGCCUGGAACUGCAGUCCCUUGCCUGUUACAGCCAAAGAGCCCAUGCCUUUUUGCAUCCUAGCUGCAGCCAGACAGAGCACACCUGAAGUGCCUGUGCCCAAAGGGGCUUCACCGCCACCCACCCAAACCUCCUUUUUAGCAAAGGGUUUUCACUAGAUCUUUUCUCUCUGCCUAUCCCCAGUGCUGGGGAUGGCGCCCAGGGCCUUGAAUUUGCUUAACCAGCGCUACCACCGAGCUGUGUGUUCUGUUCCUUGUUGCUUUUGAUAACCCUGGAUCCCGUCCCGGCCAGAGCAGGUGCCUGCUGUAUACUGUUUUUGACAUACGCCAUAGUUUCCCCUCGGCUGGAAGGCGGAGCUCAGCUUGAGGCCACAGGAGCCCCAGCUGUCUUUUUUUCCCUCCAAAGACAAGGUUGGGUGUCCAUGCACCUAUCUCCUUGGAGUGCCGGGCCUAGGCUCCUCACUUCCUCACUCAGGUUCAUUACCCAGCUUCGGCUGGGCUCUAUGCUCAGUGCUGUGUUCUGGGGUCACCACUGUGCCAGCUGGCCCCAGGCUGCUUGCCCGACAGCUGUAGAGCAGGCAGAGGGACUGGAUAUCACUUCCUUCUUGCUCCCGCCCCUGACGGGAGGGAGGAGCUUUGCCUGGAGACAACACCCAGCUUUAUGUAAAUAUUCCCCAGCAGUUCUCUGAUGCUAGUGAGGAGGACAGGAACCCCUGCACUGAAUGUACUGGGGACUUGGUGGGGACAUCCCUGCCCUCAUGUUCUGUAGACUAGUUGGGAGAUGGAAUAAAUGUUUUUCUCAGUG